AGUGCGCGGGGCCGGCGGAACCGGGCUGUGGCUGGCCAGGGACUUGAAGAAACUUGUGGUGGGGGAGGAGAGAGCGAGCGAGCCUGUGCUGGGGGCGCGCUGCGGUCUUCCCUGCUGCUGCUGGGAGGAGGGGGAGGAGGAAGGCUCGGGCUCCGCUGAGGACAAGCAGCAGCUGCAGCCAGAAAAGAAGAGGCAGGAGAGAGGCAUUUGGAGCCCCCUAAAGUGCCCCCCGCCCCUGCACUGCAGGCGACAUUUCCAGCUUCAUGGGCAAAGUGUGGAAACAGCAGAUGUACCCCCAGUACACCACCUACUACUACCCCCAGUAUCUGCAGGCGAAGCCGUCCAUUGUACCAUCCCACCCAAUGGCUCCUCCUAGUCCCAGCACCAUCAGCAGUAAUAACAACAGCAGUAGCAGCAGCAACUCAGGUUGGGAUCAAUUAAGUAAAACAAACCUUUACAUAAGAGGACUGCCUCCAAACACCACUGACCAGGACCUGGUAAAACUAUGCCAACCAUAUGGGAAAAUUGUAUCCACAAAGGCUAUUUUGGAUAAGACGACAAACAAAUGCAAAGGCUAUGGUUUUGUAGAUUUUGACAGCCCAGCAGCUGCUCAGAAGGCUGUUUCCGCUCUGAAGGCCAGCGGAGUCCAAGCACAGAUGGCAAAGCAACAAGAACAAGAUCCAACUAACUUAUAUAUUUCCAAUUUGCCGCUGUCAAUGGACGAGCAGGAGCUUGAGAAUAUGCUUAAGCCAUUUGGGCAAGUUAUCUCUACAAGGAUACUUCGUGAUUCCAGUGGCACAAGUCGUGGUGUUGGCUUUGCAAGGAUGGAAUCAACAGAAAAAUGUGAAGCAGUGAUUGCUCAUUUUAAUGGCAAAUUCAUUAAGACACCACCGGGAGUUUCUGCUCCUGCAGAACCUUUAUUGUGCAAAUUUGCAGAUGGAGGACAGAAAAAGAGACAGAAUCAGAACAAAUAUAUACAGAACGGGAGAGCGUGGCAUAGAGAAGGCGAGGUGAGACUUGCUGGAAUGACACUUACUUACGAUCCAACUACAGCUGCUUUACAAAAUGGAUUUUAUCCUUCACCAUACAGUAUUGCAACAAACAGGAUGAUCACUCAAACAUCUAUUACGCCAUAUAUUGCUUCUCCAGUUUCUACGUACCAGGUUCAGAGUCCUUCUUGGAUGCAACCUCAACCAUAUAUAAUGCAGCACCCUGGGGCUGUAUUGACUCCCUCCAUGGACCACACCAUGUCACUACAGCCUGCAUCAAUGAUAAACCCUCUGACACAACAGAUGAGUCACCUUUCAUUAGGCAGUACUGGAACAUAUAUGCCAGCCACAACAGCUAUGCAAGGAGCCUACAUACCCCAGUAUACACAUGUUCAGACAGCAGCUGUUCCUGUUGAGGAAGCUAGUGGUCAACAGCAGGUUACAGUAGAGACGUCCAGUGACCAUUCUCCAUAUACGUAUCAGCAAAACAAAUAACUGAGAUAACCAGUGUUGAUCUUGCCUGGAGAAGGGUGCAAAGGCUGAAACAAUCAUGGAUUUUACUGAUCAAUUGUGCUUUAGGAAUUAUUGACAGUUUUGCACAGGUUCUUGAAAACAUUAUUUAUAAUGAAAUCAACUAAAACUAUUUUUGCUAUAAGUUCUAUAAGGUGCAUAAAAAUCCUUAAAUUCAUCUAGUAGCUGUUCCCGUGAACAGGUUUAUUUUAGUAAGAAAAUUUUUAUCAAGUGUUAUGACACAAUUUUUUUUUCAAAUUUCUGGGUAUGCACAGAUGACCACGAAGACUUAUUCACGUGCAUGGCAGAAUUUGUAUUUUGGGUUUUUUUUUGUUUUUUGUUUUGUUUUUUUGUUUCUUUUGUUUUGUUUUUUUAUUGUAUGAAAUGGGUUUUCUGACGUUUAAAAUAGUAAAACAUCUAAAAUGAUGAUCUGUGCUUGCAGUGUGUGAGUGUUGCUACAGUGCAGUGUUGCAGUUAGUGUCUGUUCUCUUAGCUUUCUGUUUUUUUUUAACGUAGUGUGAAGUGUCUUAUCCUUUUCUAUAAAUUCCAAUUUGCCUUAAAUCUUUCAUGCUGUAGCUGUUUCAGUAAGUAGUCCAAACUAAUGGUGUAGAAUGCUUUGACCAAAUGAGCUGGUCUAUUAUGCCUUGUAAAACAGCAGCAUAGGGCUUUUAAAAGGUAGUCAGUAAAAAUUGCUGAAAAUUUGGCUUUUUUUAAUGUGUAGUAGGUGUUUUUAAUGAUUUUUUCACAUAAUACGUAAGGUAGUGAAAUGCAAGAGGGGAAAAAAGUUUUGUGUGAAACACAUUUUCUGACUGGGGAAAUUUUAAUAGGAUAAAUUGUUUGUAAGGCCAUAUGCCAAUAGUUUCCUCUGAUAGUUUGAAUGAUUUAGGAACUCUGCUGUAUGAUGCAAUGUAAAAUCUUUUUUUGCCUUUUUUCAGAAACUAACUUGAUGUUCUAGUUUUAGUGUAGGUAGAGGGGGGAGUUUGGGGUGGGAAUAUCACAGAAUGUUUUUGUCCUUCCUUUAUACUAAUGAUAGUGCUUUAGAAUGAUGAUUGUGCUGAGACCUAGCAAACAGAAAAUUUGCUAUUACAGCAAAUGGCAAAAGCUAAGGACUUGUUUGCAAACAUAAGCUGAGAUGUAAGUAGACGCAUAAUUGAUUGGGUACUAGCUCUCUAUAGUAGGUAAAUAAAAAUAAAAAGACUUGGCACUUUUAAAGGUAACUUUACCAAAGAACAAAGAGCCAGUAACCAAUAAUUCUGAUUUGUCUCAGCAUUACGUCUUCUGUACUCUUUAUUUUUGCCGGACCAGUUUGCGGUUAGGAGAAUGUGCCUUUUUUUGUACAUUUGCAUUUAGGUUUUAUAAUUUUAAUUGAUGUAUGGACACAAAAAGCAUGAAGGAAGAUUUGGAUCCAAGCAGUGCCACGCUUUACAUCAUCACUACAAGUGUUAAGUGUAAAGAAAACCAAUUUUGAAACUAUGAAAUUCCUGAUUAAUAAAUACACAGUUAUUUGUAUUUUUACGUAUUAGAUAAUUCACUGCUAUUAAGCUCUUUUAUUACAAUGGCAUAUGUUUUAAAUCAAAUGAUAAAUUAAGUUGUCUUCCAAAACUGUGUACUUGUCUGAUCAGCUGUAUAUGAUCAGUUAUCUACCUCAAAGUUUAUUUCUUUUUGUACUGGGACAGGUUGCUGGCCCUCCCUGUUUCCACAGACCAAAUCAUCCUAGCUCAGGAGCUAGGGCUAAGCAGUUACUUCAUUCAAGUAUUUUUUAGUUUUUAAAUUGUGUGAGUAUUGGAGUAUAGAUGUCGGAGACAUUUCAUAGUUUCAAAAGUAAAUUGCUGCUCUGAGAAGUGUAGAUUCUAGUGAAUUACAUAGUCAUACGAGAUGUUUGUUUUUUCUUUUAAAAAAAAAAAAAAGUUGUGGUAUUAUUGGUUCUAUGCUCCCUGGAAUAUUACUGCUUUGUAAAAGUCCAGACCUCCUGCAGCACCUUCCCUGUAUCUGGUAUAUUGCCAUUCUUGGAUCUCUCAUUACUUGAUAUUUUUUGCAUUCGUUAAAAUUGCAAUAUAAUAGCUGUGUUAGAGGGAGGGAAGAGCUGCUGCUAGAAAUGUCUGAACUAAGUGCCAUACUCAUUGUCUGGGUAAGAUUUGGGAAAUUUAACCUCUGUACAUAAAGAAAUAAUCAGUUACUUAAACAUCACAUAGUAGACAGCCAUUAAAUUAUAAAAAAAAAAUUAAUUUAUGAAGAAAGACCUUUUGUACAGAUUGAAAAAAAAAAAAGAUUUUCAUAGAGAUAUCUAUAUGAUCAAGAGAGUUAAUUUUUUAUUUUUGUUUUUCUAGUGCCACAAACUUGCCAGUGGUAACUUAUUUGUCCGGUUCAAGAUAACUCUGUAGUUUUGUUUCCUAGGACUUGUUGUUAAACGCCAAAAGACAUUUUUGAACUGUACAUUUGAUUAGAUUGUUAGCUUUUUUCUGUUUUAUUUCUUUUGAAAACUUUUGAAUAAAAAAGAUUGAAAAAAUGAAAAU